AUGGAUCCGACCCGGGGCCAAUUCCAGGCAACGGCCGAACGUGAAGAGACACGGCCAAAGACUGAAGCUUUAACUCAGGAGGAAAUCAACGAGCGUCUGCGCCGCAAGCGCAAGGCGCGCGGACAGAAGGCCUGCCAUCCCUGCCGGCAGCGCAAAGUUGGUUGCAACUAUGCACAACCUUGUCAAAAGUGCAUCGAUCGCAACCACCCUGAGCUCUGCGUCUAUGAGCCCGUGUCGAAACGAGCAAAUAUCGACACUUCUGCCAGCAAUGUAGUUCCAACCAGCGCUUCGAACGAUGGUGCGGUCACGGGAUGGAGCAGGAUCAGCGAGAGAUUGCAGACGAUCGAGCAGUCCAUUCAAGAGCUGCGAAAUGAGUUGAAAGAUCUGGCAGGGCGCGACGGGUCUCCCUCGACACUGGUUGGCCGGUCCAGGCCUGAGGGAACGGGACGAGACUCGAGUAGUGACGGUGCCGACCAGGAGAACUUCGCCAUUCACACGGCCAACGAAGUCACUGGCGAGGCGGUCCAUCUGGGUGGUAACUCGGUGCCAGCCAUGGUCUUUGCCUUGAAGAGCGACCCCAACGAGUACGAUGUUCAGGAUCUGCUCGGCAAGAGCAUCUUACCUCUGUUCGGUCUGGAUAAUGAGAGUGCCACUUACCCGUUCGUUGAUCUCUGGGGCUUACCUCACGGAUCCUAUGCCAGACUGCAGGCAUUAUGCAGGCUGUUGCCCACCGACGCCGACUGCCUCCAAUUCUUCGGACAGUACCGAGACACGGCCCACGUUCUUUUCCCUGGCGUGGUCGACGUCAAACAGUUUGAGGGCGAACUCACCCAUUUUCUCAUCAAUAAAGCUGCCGUAACCAGGGAUGCUCCCUACGAGGCGCUGUCCAAUGACAACAUAUACGGCAAGAGUCUGCACUGGGUAGGGUUGCUGUUCGCCAUCCUCGCAUCUGGCUACCAAUGCUCGUCGUUGCCACGGAAAGAACGCCAAUUGACUAGUCAAGUAUACGUGUGCUGUGCAUAUGAAUGCCUCCGCAUCAUAAAUUAUUUGUCCAACUCCAAAUUACUCGACAUCCAGACGCUGUUGGUGCUGGGGAACGUCAUUUCCAACAACAUGAACUCCGGCAUCGCCUGGUGCCUGCUCGGGUUGACCAUCCGGAUUGGACAGAGCCUUGGUCUCCAUCAGAAGACCUUCCGGACCAGCUCAGACGCCGAGAGGGCCAUACGAGAGGAACUUUGGUGGCGGAUUGUGUGGCAGGACAGUCUUAUCUCGAUCACCUUUGAUCGAGCAUCGUCGACUCCUACCAUCUCGCAUCACAAAUCAAUUCAGUCCAACGAAAACACGUGGUUGUCAUAUACCGACUGCAUGAAGAUCCUGUGUGAGACCGGCCUUGAGAUUGUGCGAGAGAGGAGUAAACAUACCGAUCCCCGACAUGAACUCACCCGGAUCAACCGACAUCAGGAGGAACUGGCAAGGAUGAUGAAGCACUCGCUGCAGCAUCUCAAAGACGCCACGGCAUGCCAGUCGAUGAGGGAUCAGCUCGAACAUUGGAACCUCUACCUUCAUCGCUCAUAUAUCUUGUCCGAACUGUAUCGGUCAGCAUUGAAACGCAGACAUGCUUCGCCAGAACUGAGCAGCUUUCGGGCCCCGUGCUUGGAGAAUAUGGCCAACACGGUGGAUGCAUUUCUGGGGCUGUCGAACGUGACUCGGUUUGCCACUCAAUCUUGGGCUGCGGUGCAUCGGUCUCUGAGCUCGGCGCUGUUGCUUGGGAUUUUGAAACAACCCCAGAGCGAUUCACGUGUGCGGGCAUUGCUUGACAAGCUGAUCAUGGUCAUGUCGAGCAUCAACUCUUCGUUGGAUCCCACCGAGGUGUCUGCGCCCAUCUCGAGAGCUGUCAGGGCCCUUGCGCGGCUCAACGCACACCACGCCGCCGAGGGCGAGACGGAGCACGGCGCGGCUGUCCAUGGAAUCCUUGGUUGGGAUCGAAGCACCGGUUCGGAUGCUCUUAUGUAUGGGGGCCACCCUUCGAAUGAGGCAUCUGGGGAUGACGCGGGUCGUUCUGAGGACUCGCCUUAUGAGCUGAUGGAGAAGAUCUUGUGGGGAUCCCAGGGUAUAUCUCCGGUCUGA